AACGUUUAUAAAAUUUAACUUGAUCCUUAGCUUAAUGAAAAAGUAAGCUUCAACCUGCCUGGUGUGGGAAAGUAGCUAGGAAGCCAUGGAUGCAAAUAAUGAUGUUCUUAACGAUGGUUCAGGGAGAAAGGUGGCGUGUUUCAGGCACACUUCAAGUAAUGUUCAUUCUGUAAUUCUCCCUCCCCAGAAACUUGAAUUUGGCUUUGAUAAUCAAGACUGGGUUCAGAGAGAAGUUGAUGAGGUGUGUAGUAUGGCAGAUGAUUUGUUCGGUGAGGUGUCCAAAGCUCUUAUUGGGACUUUGGAGAAGAUCACUGUCAACAAUGGAGUAGAAGCACAAGAUUCAUGUCAUCAUCAGCAGAUUGCUCAACUGGAGGGAAUACUGAAAGAGGAGAGAAUGAAAUUUGAGGAAAUGCUAGGAAAAAUGCUGAAUGGAGAAGAUAAAGAUGGGCAGCAAGCUGCAAUCCACAUUCUUGAAAUCAAUCAUCUAAGAAGGCAAUUAGUCCUGCAAGCUUACUCCUGGGAGCAACGUUUGCUACAAAUUGCCAGUUCUCAUCACACUGCAGACUCCCAGGCUGCAAGCUCAAGUAGUAGUCAUGGGGAGGGUUAUAGAGUUUUCCAUUCUGCUUCUAGCUCAACCAUCAACGAUGAAAGCGAUCAAGAGCCCGGGAAAAACCUGCCCGACGCUCUAGAUGCUGCCUGGACGGGCAAAACCCGCCUGCAGGCUGCAGCCUCUAAGAAGAGCUCUGCAUUAAUUCUGGACUCACUACUGUUACAUCAAGAUGAGCCAAGUAGUAGUAGUAUUAUAUCAUAUGCUCUUCUCUCACCAGAUUACCAUGCUCAAAUAAUGUCUGAUGAAUCUGAGAAAGUAAUCCUGGAAUCUUCGGGUUCUGAAUCAUUUUUUUACACUAAUAAUGUUCAGCAUGCCUGCAUUUCCUUCUCAGAAGCUGCAGGCCCUGAGGGGAAAGUAGUGGAGUAUAGAGUUACUUGCUAUUAUGCAAGGCAAUUUGAGGCCUUAAAGAAAGCUUGCUGCAUCUCUGAGUUAGAUUUUAUUCGUUCUCUCAGCCGAUACACCAAUACUUUGGACAAUAAUCGCCUUAUCAUUAAGGCGGUGGGUAAGAAGGAGUUAGACUCAUUCAUCAUGUUUGCACCAUCUUAUUUCAAGUAUUUGUCUCAAUCAAUAGCUAGCAGUAGCCCAACUUGUCUCGCAAAAAUCUUUGGCAUCUAUCAGAUCACAUCAAAGAAUCUUAAAGAUGGGAAAGAAUCGAAAACCAAAGUUUUGGUGAUGGAAAAUCUCAUGCUUGGGCAUAACAUCACCAGAAUUUAUGACCUCAAAGGAUGUUCUGAGCCGCGGCAUAAUCAUCAAUAUCCAAGUGAAAACAACAAAUUUCUAUUUGAUAAAAACUUGGUUGAAGAAAUGCCAAUAUAUGUAGGAAGCAAAGCAAAGAGGCUCCUGGAGAGGGCUGUAUGGAAUGAUACUGCAUUUCUUUCUUCAGUAAAUGUAAUGGAAUAUUCGUUAGUCGUUGGUUUGGAUGACGAAAAACAUGAACUGGUGGUUGGAGUGAUCGAUUAUACGAGACAAUACACAUGGGACAAGCAACUCGAAACAUGGGUGAAGACAGCGUUGGGCGUCGUCCUUGGUGGUACCAAGAAUAAUGCAUCAUCUCCUACUGUCAUUUCUCCAACCCAGUACAAGAAGAGAUUCAGGAAAGCAAUGUCUGAUUAUUUCAGUAUGGUGCCAGAUGAGGAACUUCAAUCUGAACAUUAGUUUAUGUUAUACACUUGGUAUGUAAAAAUUAGCUUAUUUGACACUACAUGAACUUUGGCAUGUAUCAAUGUGAUGUGAACAUUAUACAGUUUGCCAAUAUCAACAUUCAGACUAUUUAGUA